AUGGCGUGGCGAUGCACAGGUAGCUCUAAUGAAGAGCUGCUUACCAAUAUGAAAGCCGUAGGUAUCAUACGCUCAUCGAGGGUACUGGAGGCCAUGAAAUUGGUUGAUCGUGCAAACUAUGUACCUUCAGUUACGCGCCGGCAUGCCUAUCAGGAUGCACCUCAGAGUAUCGGAUACAACGCAACCAUAUCUGCACCACAUAUGCAUGCAUUUGCUGCAGAAAUUUUACUUCCAUACUUAAGCCAAGGCUGCUCGGUAAUGGAUGUGGGGUCUGGGUCAGGCUACCUCCUCGCCACUCUCCAUCACCUUUUACCCCCUUCAGAUCGCAAGACUCACAUUGUAGGAGUAGAGCACAUCCAGGAGCUUGUUAGUGCGAGUAUCGAAAAUUUGAAACGCGAUGGGUUGGAACGUGAAUUGGGAAAUGGCCGCAUCGUAGCGAUGCAGGGAGAUGGGCGCAAAGGUUGUCCAGAAUUUGCACCAUAUAGUGCUAUCCAUGUUGGUGCCGCUGCUCCUUGCAUACCUGAAACCCUUGUUCAGCAACUUGCUUCACCGGGCCGUUUGAUUGUGCCCGUUGAUCGUCCUACGAGCAAUUACCAGGACCUCUAUCAAAUCGACAAGAGCGUCGAUGGCAAGGUCGAAAAAAAGAUACUUUUCGGAGUCAUGUAUGUCCCUCUGACCAAUGCCGAGGAACAAUGGUCCAAGUAG